AUGGCGUCUAUCCCUUCUCCGACCCCAAACGUGGUUGUGGCUCCUGAUGUUGCCUCGUCUUCUCCUACUCGCGAAGGUCUCGGUCCAGUCGUCCCAGCCUCUUCCUCUCCGGUUCAUCUGCAUCGUCCUCCGCCUGCCUCCUUCCCAAGAAGCUUUCCUCCUCCUCUCGACAAUCAUGGUGGUCUCGGCAGUCAUGGUGGUAUCGGCAUUCCGAGUGCCUCUACAGCUCCCCCUUGUCAACCUUCUCAUAUGGAUCACACGUACCACUUGGGAAAUGGAGACAACCCCAAUUUUCUGAUAUCUACUCAGAUUCUAACGGGUCCAGAAAAUUUCCAAUCAUGGAAGAGAGUUUCUUCCAUUUCCAUUGCUGCCAAGAAUAAAACCCAGUUCAUAAAUGGGUCUCUGCCUCAGCCCCAUCCUUCUAAUCCUUAUUUUCAUGCCUGGGAUUCAACCACUGCUAUGUGGAAUGACCUCCAUGAACAAUUCAAUCAAGGCAAUGGCCCUCAGAUAUUUCAGCUCCAAACUUCGGUCCACAUUAUCAAACAAGGAGACUCGGAUAUCAAUUCAUAUUUUACCCGUCUCAAAGCUAUUUGGGAUGAGCUCAAAGAAUUUCAGCUGAUUCGUCCAUGCUCAUGUGGCUGCAAAUGUGGUGUUGUUGAGAGACUUCUUGGAUACUAUCACUGA